AUGGCCGAAGAAGAAGAAGACACUUACGAGAUUCCUCUUCAGGACCAAAGAGUCUUUGGAGCAGGGAUCAAGCGCAAACGCGUACAGUUUGUGCCUUCGAGUUCAAAAGCUCCCUCGAUCACAACUUCUAGCACUCCUGCAAAGUCUGUCAGUGAUCUCUAUCUCAACUUGGUUCUCCCGGGAGACUCCAAAGCAAACGCAGAAGAGCACGGGACUUUCCCGUCAGCAAUAGCAGGUCCUGCAGUGUCUCAUGGCGAGGGAGCAGACGAGGCACAGGUCUGCGAGAUCUGCAACCUACCCUUAUCAGACCCUGUUCCAUCAGUAAGUGGCAAUGAGCCAGAAACAACUGAUAUAACCCUCAAACGCCCUCCAUCGAAACUACGGCCACACGAAGCAUCUCUGGCCCACCAAGUCUGCCUUGCACACUCACACCCGCCCUCACACCUUGACCGGAGCCGCAAGGGUCUGGCCUAUCUAUCUGCUUAUGGAUGGGAUCCCGACGCUCGGCGUGGGCUGGGGGCUUCAGGGCAAGGCAUACAAUUUCCUAUUAAGACGAAACCGAAGGAUGAUAAGAUGGGUAUUGGUGUGGUUCUGCCAAAGCCGGGGGAAAUUAGGAAGAAAGAGAAGUCGAAGAGGUUGGAUGCGGGGAAGGUCAAGAAGCUUUACGAGAAAGAUAAGAGGAAGACUGAACGGCUGAGGGAGAUGUUUUACCAGAAUGAAGAUGUGGACAGAUAUUUGGGAAAGGGAUAA